GUCUGGGCCUGGAGAGGUUCUGCAGUUGGGACAGUCUCAUACGUCCCACCAGCCCAGGCGAGCACAAACCGUAAGCCAACAUCUCCAGCAGUUCCUCUCUGCUGAUCUCGAUUUCUCCCAUCGCUCCUUCGAAUCCACACUACGCACACGCCAGUCGUUAGUAGUGCACCUUAGCUCCUGUCAGCUAGCCGAGCCUUCCAAACCCCGGCCUGAAUGGACUAAACGGCUUAAGUGGAGAAGGCGUCGCCCCGGCUGUCAUUUCGGCAACACGACUAGCCGGGCGAGAGUGCGGGCUCGCCUGUUAAGGACUCGCCUGUUAAGGACUCGCCUGUUAAGGACUCCAGGUCCGCGGGACGUCCCCUUUCCUGUUGCUUUGCUUGCCCCGGCUGCUUGAGUUCGCUGGUGCAAAGAAGCCUGUUCAUCUAGAACCUUUCGACAUUGCUUCCGUGUAUAUCCGUAUACAAUGGCUACCAAACCAACUAUCGUCUUCUCAAUCGGCGCAUGGCUCAUGCCGCCUGCAUUCAGCACCAUCCAGGACAAACUUGCCAAACGAGGCAUUCCAUCUGAGGUCCCCGCGCAUCCGUCCAUCGGCGCAGAGCCCCCAAACAAGACCCUCUCCGAUGAUGUCGCUUCGUUCAAGACCGUCCUGACGCGGUUGGUAGAAGAAGGGAAAGACGUUGUAGUUGUCGGGCAUUCAUACGGCGGGGUUGUUGCUUCAUGCGCCGUUGAGGGGCUAGACAAGGACGUGAGAAAGGCAGCUGGGAAACACGGCGGCGUUAUUCGUAUUGUCUAUAUGGCUGCCUUUGCUUUAGACAAGGGGCAGAGCCUUUUGGAUAUGUUGGGUGGACAGCCUCUGCCUUGGAUGGAGAUUGAUGGCGACUAUGUCCGCUGCAAUGGCGGCGCAGAGAUAGCACUGCAUGAUGUGCCAGUUGAGAUCCAGCAAAAGGCCGAGUCUGAGCUUACGCAUACAUCGCGCGAGGUGUUUUCCGGGGCUGCUACGUAUGAGCCGUGGCAUGACAUCCCGUCUGCGUAUAUUAUCACAGAGGAUGACCGCGGGCUCCCGGCCCAGAUCCAGGAGCUGUUAUCGGCUAAAUUGAAGACAGAGGUGGUUUACAGGAUUAAGAGCUCGCAUUCGCCGUUUUUGAGUAUGCCUGAUAGACUGGCGGAGAUUUUGGAGGAGAUUCCAGGCAGGUCUUAGGGGAUUGAUUGUGCAGUGUUUAUUCUCGAGUGGCUACCUAUUGGCUCUGGGUACUCAGUAUAUUCCUUAAGCGUUUUUAUGAUAUACAUUGCAGGUAUUUGAAGUGGGAAAAGUUUUCACACUCUGUUCCAAUUCGUUACCUAUUAUACUGGGUAGCCCUACUUUGCCGCAACCCCGAGCGCAACGCAGCUUUGUCGCCUAGUUGUCAAGCUACAUUACGGUCCGCUUCGCUCACAAGCCCCCAGCGGUGGAUUCUAGUCGUGCUUUCCCGUACAAUGUGGAAGGUUGAAAUCUUCGGGUCGAAUUCUGAUAUGACUCGACACCCGAGUACUAUUAUCUCGACACGGGCGGGUAUUGCGCCGAAAUACUGGC